UGUGGUGGUUUCGUCUACUUCAAACACAUGGGCAAAGAAAACAUGAGGUGUCCAGCAGGUGUGUUGAAUCUUUACCUGGUGUUUUUCCUUGUUUUGCACCUAUUUGUGGCAGGGCGGUGCGAAGAUCCUGCGAAGGAGAACGUCUCUGAUGAAGACUUGGCCACUGGAAAUGCAUCGGAUCAAAAACUGUCCGGCUGGGACGUCUAUAAGAGACUGUUUGUUCAUAAGCGUGUGGAUCACAAGGAUGCAGUCAGCACCAUUGUGGCUAUGGAGGGAUAUGCAAAACAGUACAAGAUGAUCAACAUUCUUCUAGAAAAUAUUUUAAAGGUUCUUCCAGAUGCACAAACUAGUCUACAACAAGCAGGAUACUAUCCUGGUCCAUUUCCUGAAAAUACAGACAUCAAGGAUGCAUUGUCCAGACUAUUGGAAAACGUGGCCUUCUUUGGGGAUAUUCUGCUGAGAUUCCCUGAUAUGACACAUGAUGUUCUGAAGAAACACCAGGAGUGGAGGACUAUCCUAGAGGCGGCUGUUGUCUUCUGUAACCAGACUCAGCUGUACAGCGAGGGGGUCAAUCAUGAACAGCUGAACUUGGUAUCCCAGGAGCUGGGCCUAAUAGAGAAGGAUCCCAAUUACCUAAACCCAUUCAGCAAGGAAGGAAAAAUGGCACAGGAACAGCAGAUGUUACAGGCAGCUAAAUCAGCUCAUGAUAAACCUAAGAAUAAGAAGAAAAAGGACAGAGAGAAAAGAAAAGGACCAAGACUCAGCCGAUCCAAGAAUGAACUGUAACAACCUUUAUUACACUGUGAACCACAAAGGAAUUAUUUUAUUGCAUUUACAUGUAUGUGAACUACAUUUGUAUUUGGUGAAAAUUAGGUGGAUGAAAGUAAUAAAUUCAAAUACAUUU